CUUCUUUUCUUCCGCCUGGCUGCCAAUCUGAAAGGGAAGACGCCGAAUUGUGGAUGGCAUCCCCCGGUGCCAGCGGUCUAUUCCUCUUCGGGGACACACCUAGUUCAGUCUUCACCACCAUCAUGCUGCUCCCCUCCGUCCAAUGCGUAGGCGGCAGCAAGCUAGAGAGGGAAGUCGACGAGAGGAGACCACGCCCGCCGUUCCCGUGGGACAUUUACAUCGUGGCAGACGCGCGUGGAAUAUCAUCGUGCACCGACGUGCAGCACUCAUCGUCCGCUCUACCAACCAACAAUCCAUGCCCUCCCUCUCUGGGCCCUCUCUUUCGCUCCAUACGCCGGGCCUCUUUUCCAUCGUCCCACGUCCACGGCCCCGAUGCUAUGCCUCAACUCUGUCAUGACGCAUGCUCUUUCACGUCGCGGCUCGUCACUUGGUCGCUUCUUAGGCUCUUUCUCUCUUCCAUGGGCCGGGAUGUUGACGCGCUGUUACAUAACCGCACCCGCUCGGCAUUCAUCAUUGUGGAUUCGGGGAUGGGGACUUCAUCGUCAAGCAGCCUCAUUUUGCGAAUAGCUGCAUUUCCCUUCAGAUUCACGACAGCCUCGACGGAGGAAUCGUACGGCGGCGCUCCGGAUACCGCCUGAGACUUUCUCGACCGGGACCGUUCCAACAAUGUCGG